AUUACGGCUUCUAAUUUUUGUUCGCGUCCUUUCAUGGAAGACCCUUCCCUCUUCCAACCCAUCCUGAUCCCCAGAGUUAUCGCCACUGCCUCCUCCUCCUCCUCCUCCACCACCACCACCUCCUACUACUUUGAUGACACGGAUGCUGACUACAUCAAGCAUUGGUCUUCAAAUUCUAGCAUCAUUCUUCGGCUUCUUUUGAUCACUUCCAUUGGGAUUAUCUCCAUCUGGGCAAACUAUGAAGCAUCAAAAGGCUUCGGUAUUACAUUAGUCAACGAUGCCAAAGACUCCGCAGAAGGCAAACGCUUCACCCUCUCGUACAUUUCCAACGACAAAGCCACCCGUAUAAUCCUAAACACUAGCCUCUUCGUUGAAAACCUUCUUUAUCCGAAUAUCAACGACGACACCAAGAAGCAAGUGAUCCACCAUGUUACUCUAAGGCUGGCCAGCAACAACCUACCAAACUUGGUCACGGUGGACACCAACACCAACAAUGAGUUUGUCAUCAACAUAAGUCCAUCAGUAUUAAUGGGCCAUCCUAAAAACCUUGAUUAUGCAAUUACAUCAGUUGUUUUACAAGGUAUGGCUCGUGCAUGGAUAUGGGACUCCGAGUCUAGAGCUCCGCAAUGGCUCCUUGAUGGCAUGGUGGAGUACAUUAAUGGGUUGGCUGGUUUUGGCCCUGCGAGAAAUCUUGGUGGCCACGAGUCACUGGAUGAUCAAUUUGGUAAAUACUGCUCAGGAUUUAAGGAUCCUAUGGUUGUGGCACAAUUUUUGAAAUAUUGUGAGAGACAUGAAACGGGAUUCAUCCAACGGUUAAAUAAAUCUCUGAGAGACGAUCAUCAGUGGAUCGGCCGGACGGUGGAGGACGUGCUAGGGAUAUCGGAACAGAAUCUAUGUGAUUUGUACAAGAACACGUCACAAGGUUUGUCAAGCUGGUGAUCAAAAUUUUGGAGAGCUGGCCUGACCUGUCCACAUGGUAUGAUUUCCAAUAUGAAGACAGUGGGGCACGAUACGAGGAUAAGGAUUAGUAAUUUGAUAGGUUUUAUGCAAAUAAUUAUUACAUGAAGCUUGCGUGUCAAUAUCUUCUGUUAUUCGUUAUAUAUUCUCUUUCUUUCCAUUUUGAUGGCAAUAAAAUAAAUCACUCACCAUUGUUUUUAA